AUGAGCGGCACCAAUGGAUCUCUACCUCCAUACCAAGCCAAUGAUCCAUUGACAGCUGGGACGGUAGCAACACCAAAAGCGAAAUCGGUUCUCUAUCUUAUCAAUCGUCCAAUAAACGACUAUCAAGUGAUUUCUGAAGAUCAAAAACUCGCGUUCUACAUUGAAGUCCACAAAAAUCAGAUCACAAAACCAGAACUCACCAUAUACAAGGGCAACAGAAUGCCCGGACGAGAGAUCGCUGAGUGCAGAUAUGGAGCGAAGACAAGCUCUAUCGAGUGUGAUACCGCAUUUUUCAAAGCGCCAAAUAAGUCACAUCAAUCUCAUAGGAAGAUGCUUGUUGCAUGGUGGUCCAAAUCGACUUGCGAUGCCCCUAGCGAAGUGCAAUAUCGCUUCGCGGCGAUGAUCGAACCCCCUCCAGGGAUAAAUGACGAGCAUUCCACAACAAAAAUAUCACACUCCUUCAAGUGGAUCAAAACUUCAAGCCUUGUUUUGUUGGACGAAGAGACGGGUAACGCCGUUGCUGUUGUUCAUGAGAAGACGUCUGAUUCAAUUACUUGUGGUAUACUGGAGAUGGUUGCUUCAUAUGGUGAUGAGUUUAACCUGAUAGCCUUGAGCAGCUUUGUUGCACUUUUCGACAAGCAAAGGAGAGAUAAGAGCCUUCACACUGAAGGCCAAGAGGAAAAGCUGCGUGGGAAGCUUAGCCGGUUGAUAGAUGGUUGGAAGAAGGAUUGA